AUGGCAUCAGGUCACAUUCGCAGUGUCUUGGUGACAGGAUCCAACCGAGGCAUCGGACUGCAGCUGGUGAAAUGUUUCCUUGAGAAACCAAACCCUCCCCAAGUAGUGUUCGCAACCUGCCGGGAUCCAGAAGGGGCCAGAGCACAGGUGAGUUGUUAGACUCUCUUUAGCUGACUUUGAAGGCAGAAAGUCUCCCUCUCGGGACACACACACACUCCCCUCGACGAUAGGAGGACAAACACUUUCUCUCUUCAAAGCUGAUGUGUCUGAGACAGGCUUCUUUCUGCAAAUCCCAUUGUCUCCCCAACCCCUGCACAUUGUUUAUAAGCAGAAAUAUCUUCUUUCCUCCAGUUUAGGGAUUUCAAUUCCUGGGUGUGCAUGCAAGAGAAAGAUCCACUUUUUUCCCUCCCCUGAAGCAACUGUCAGGCAUCCAUCCACACUCCAUCCUUUCCAGCUGGAACUUCUCCUUCCCUGCUGCCAGAUUGUGUUACUCUGACUUCCAUAAGUCAGUGUUGCAUGCAAGAGCCCUUUUCAGAAUCUGUGCUAAAAAGUUUCCAAGUUGUUAUAUAAGCAAGAGGCUCGUCUCAGCCAGGGAAUUUAAAACAGGAGAUAGGCAAGUUUGCAAAGCCUUGUUUGAGAACUCUGGUUAGUUGGUUGAUUUUUUUGUUUGUGGAGUUGCAUGCUCUAGACUUCCCUAAUUUAGGGGCCUCUCCGUUUGGAGGAGAGAACAGGGAGGCUUGGAUUUAUUUACAAAUGCGGAAGUUGAGUGUUGCUGGAGGCAAACGGAGUUUGUAGCAAAGAGAAAUAAACAUGAGGCUGAAUAUUAGAAUGACACUUAUUGUUCCAAUAAGAGAAAAAAGACUCUACUGAUGUGGUUUGCAAAGAAACUCCUUAGCACAUGACCUCGUUUUAACAUGGUGAAGUCAGCCUACAUUGAAUACUUUGGAGCUUUCACAGUGGUAGCAGCCAUGUUCAACUAGCUCCAGGGCAUGUUAAAAGUUAAGCUGGGCAUUUACUAUGGAACAACCACACCUUUGUUCAAGGCACCUGCACAAUGUGAAAACAUUCCCCUCUAAUGCUCCCCCUCUUCAGCUUCCAGCUGUUGUUUUCUGAGCACAGAAAAUUUAGCUUUUUAAAAACUUUGGAAUAGCUGCACAAUUUCUCAGGGGCAGAUGGCCCCUCACUUGGCUCUUUUGGUCAGUUAGUUGCAUCACCAAGACUAUUCCCAUAGGGCAUAAAUUUCCAACCUUUUCAGACCCAGAACUCACCUAUUGUGGGAUAAACUGCCUCAUAUAACCAACCUGCUUAAGUUUAAUUAAUGCAUGAAGGGGUUAAUGCCAUAGAGCAAGCUGUCCUGCCAGGUUUAGCUCACCUUGGGAGGAAAUGGGUAAUUAAGUAUAUUGUUCUCCUUCAGUCUACAUGUGAACUUUAGCUGUGAAGAGGUUUGAACUUGUUGCUCCAGCUCCACCACAUGGCUCUCACCAGCCAUUCUUGAGUUCUUUCUUGAUGUUGUUCGAGUUCAGUCCCACAAUGCCCUUGUGGGAGAUAGUAUGGAAGCCUCAGGCUGCCACCUGCACAAUGGGGCUAAGACUGGCCCACUUACAAGAUAGUUAUAACGACUCUGUGGUAAUGUAUGUGGGGGAACUUCGGACACAUUACAACAUGAUAUAACUUGUUUUCUUUUGUUUCCUACAGGAGCUGAGGCACCUGGCAUCCAAGCACCCCAAUCUGGCAAUUCUGCAACUCGGUAAGCCCUCUCCGCUCUUUCAGCAAACAGCAGCAAGGCUGUUGCUUCUUAAUUUGAGCCUUGGCAGCUUCUUCUCCCUGUUGUAUCUGGUCAUUUCUUAAGGCACUGGCUGCAUUUAGAUGCUCCUCUAGACCAUGUACUAGAUAGAGGAUCUUUAACAAGCCCUCUCCCCUCCCUUAAUGUGCCCCAAAACAAGCACUACAAGUCAGAAUCUGUUGGACAAAUUUGCCCUAAGUAAUCCGUCCAAAUUUCCCUCCUACAUUGUCCUAUUGGUUAGGAGACUGUAGUUUAUAGACUUCCUGGUCCACUUAUUUCAUAUUUUCGCCUUAAUAUGUACCCCCUUCGCUACAUACAUCCCAUGAUCAUGCUGAUUAGCUCUAGCUCCAACUGGGCGGUUUGACUAAUAUUCAUAGCCUUUUUAAGCAUGCACAAUAGUUUUCUAACUGUUCUCCUCCAUUUCCCCUUGUGGUUCUAAGUCACCCACAAACCUUCCUAGUACCUUAUAAGACAUUAUCAUUUUCAUCAGAGAAAUGUUGGAGGGUUGUGAUACCCACCCAAACCUUUGAGAGAGGCAGCACAUUUAGCUCUAAUUUCAUAACAGGCAUUAGACACAUAGUUUUGGAGGGCUGAGAAUACCAUCCGGGUUCAUGAAUUACUUUCCAGUAGAUCAAAAUGACCAAAUGACCAUGCCUUGCUGUUGUAACUGCUUGCAUUGCAAAGAAAGACGAAACAUGUGAUAAUAAGUCAAGAAAUCACUGAGAGUAGCCAAAAGAUAAUGGCUUAUAAGGUACUAGGAAGGCUUGGCAUGUGUGCAGAGAUUAGCAGUGGUGCGCUGAGCCAAUAAAUGGCCCCCACCCAGCAACAUUUGAUAGCAAUAGGCCCCAAUGAUCGGAUCCAGCUGCCAUGGCAAUGGAAUGGGUGUGUGCAGCUCCUCUGUAAAGCUGAAUGAGGGCCUCCCUCAGCAGAGAUUAGGUGUUCUGCUUGCUUUUGAUGCCCCUCCCAAAUACUGACAAGUGCCCAAGGCUUUUUCAAAAGGCAAGCUUCUAUUUGCUUAUGAAGGAAAUAAGAUAGGCACCUCUUGAUGGCAUUUCAACUCUAAUCCUCACUCCUCCCUGCCCCACCCAGCUCCCCCCCUGGCUAUACAGAGCAAAACUGCAUGACUGCCCCUUAAAGAAACAGAAGUUUGCAGAGGAGUAAGGAAGUAUGAUUGAAAGGGAUGCUUUCUCCAAAAUGCUCUUGACAGCGGGCCCCAGUAUCACCUCGCUUAACUAUUUUUAUUUUUUUAAAAAUUGAGCUUUAAAAGGUAUUGGGCCUGGUCACCUCAAGAGCCAUCUGCACCUGUAUUAACUAGCCCAGGCUUUGAAGCUGUGCCUCAGAUGCCCUCCUCUCUAUCACCAUGAAUGGCUGAGCGAGAAUGAGAGCCAAGCCCUCUUAGGGAUGGUAUUCCCUCCAGAGAUCUGCCUGGCUCGGAUGGAGUGGUGUGUGUGUGUGUGUGUGUGUGUGAGAGAGAGAGAGAGAGAGAGAGAUGCCCCCACCAACCUCCAUGUACACAUCCAAGAGAGAGAGAGAGAGAGAGAGAGAGAGAGAGAGAGAGAGAUGCCCCCACCAACCUCCAUGUACACAUCCAAACAUGUGACCUUACAUAGCUUACAAGUGUUCAGAUGAAGACACUGAAGUUGGAAGCAGAGCCACAAGAUGCAAUCCUGCUCUCCCUGCAUUUCUCCUACGUGAAUGAACAUGCCAAUAAUCCCACCUAUUGUGAAUAGGUGACACAAGCAAGACAGGUGAGAAUGCAGUCAAGUCCUACACAAAACAGAGUCUUGUCUCUUCUUCUUUGUAGAAACCACUGAUGAGGCAAGUGUCAAGGCAGCUGCCAAGAAGGUUGAGGCCCGCCUGGGAGGCGCUGGGCUGAACGUGGUGAUCAACAAUGCUGGGGUCAUGCCGCCCUGUACUUUGGAGUCAGCCACUGCUAAAGACAUGCUGGACGUCUACACCAUCAACCUUGUGGGCCCAAUGUUAGUGACCAAGGUCAGUUUUUUCUGCACAAGAAGAGCAACCCCUUCUUGGACUACAGGGUGGGAAGCAGGCCCCCUUGACGCAGAGUGGAUUAGGACUUGCCCCUCCCAGGCCAGCUCCUGGCAGCACAGCUGGCCGGAGACAGCAAAGGGCAAUACAGCAGCCUUUCCUCUUUGCAUAUGCAGACUGCUUCAUUGUUGAGGGUCAAAAUUAUUAAGAGAAAAGAAUGGGGUUUGUGGGCUUGGUCAGUGGGCUGUAAAUGGUGACACCUGGAUUUGAGUUAGGGAGGUCACUCCUCCUAUCUUCAAAAGGCCCCUGGAGAAUAGCCUCUGGCUAGGUGAAUUCACAGGCUGAGUUGGUAAGAGAAAGUUCUGCAAGAUCAGCCCAGCUCUGUGACAGCAUCUACCCUCCAUUACUCCCAAACAGAGCUGAGUCUUAAUAUCUUCCGUUUUGAAAAAACCAACUAGGAUGUUGUGGGGUAGAAACUGAGAGGUGUAAGAAACAAGGCCAGAAGUAGUUGGUCUUUGCAAUCUUGUGCCCAUUUACUAGCAGAUCUUUAUGCAGACAAGUUUUGUACAGCUGCAGAGCUUUUGCCUCUCUUUAGGAAUUAUUGCCGUUGCUGAAGAAGGCUGCCCACGGAUCCAAUCAGAAAGGCAUGAGCUGCGGGAAAGCAGCCAUCAUCAACAUGUCCACUGUUCUAGGAUCCAUUGAGAAAACACCAGAGCAUUAUUUCGCUUUCCCAGUCGUCUCCUAUCGCUGCAGCAAGGUCAGGCUUCUCCUGUGGGACAUGGGUUAAAUCUGGCAUUUCUGUCCAUUGCCUUCCUUGAGAAAGUUUUUCUAUGUACCCAACAAUGGCUGGCCUAGUGAGUGAUGUGCUACUGAAAUGCCUUGUGUAACACCCACCAGCUUUCUCCCUCUCCAAGUUGGACGUUUUGUCCAUACUGAAAUUGUUCUGUCUUACGAGUGGAUAAAAUUGCUUUGUGCACCUGAAUUCCACAGUAAGAAUUCUUCCAAAAGUCAUGUAGUGGCCAUGCUGGCUGAGACUGAUGGGAGUUGAGGUCCAAAACAUCUGGAGGGCACUAGGUUGGGUAAGGCUACAUUAUAUAAUUCUGGUACCUGUUGCAGUUUCCAUGCCAGUGGUUGUUACCUCCUAGAGAUGUUAGAGUUGGUGGGGGAAGUUUUUGGACCAGUUACAAGUGAUGUGGCAACUGCAACUACACCUUAUGGCCAUGGCAGAGACAUCAUCAUCUUUUUAGCAUAGUAUAUUCCGUGUCUCAGUAGCAAAACUGUCCCAGAAUUUAGGAGUAUUCAGCUUCGGUGUCUGCCCAAUCAAUGUUGGUUAUGUGAACAGCAGGGAGACUUUGGGUCCAAAGUGAGUGGUCUUAUAACCUCAAUUUAUAUUGAGCCAGUAGCCUAGUUGACCUUUCUGCUCUCUGUGCAUCUAUGAUUGGGGUCUGCUCAUGUCUUCGUCCAUCCCCAGGCUGCUUUGAACAUGCUCACCAAGUGCCAAUCAAUGGGCUACAAAGAUGAUGGGAUCCUGUGCACUGCUGUUCAUCCUGGCUGGGUGAAAACAGAGCUGGGAAGUGAGCAGGUGAGUCAGCUAAGGAUUUCUUCUUAAGAACUCUCUGCAUUACUUCAUUCUAAAUCAGAACUAUACACACAUACUAAUGGCUCAUCCACACUUCCUUUUGGGCCACAUUUCUGGGCACGCGUCUGGGAUUUUCAGGUCCAGGCAGAGAGAGAGAUAGAAUAUUGCGAACUUCCGGGGUGGCGCCUCCGGAAAAUGGCGGAAUUCCCUUCGGACUGAAGGGAACACGCUGCACGGAGGCUUGGGUCCUGCCGCUACGGCGCAGCGGGGACCCUCAAAAACCACAGGCGGAAGAAGCCUGUGGACGUGGGACUCGGCGGGCACCGAGAGCGCUCUCUCCCCUUGUACAGGAGCCCGGUAACGGGCCCCGGAGUGGGAGGUGCGUGGUGCUGUGAGUCGACUGCUUCCUCCGUGCAGCAAAGCCGCACUGCCGUUAUCGGAGAGCGCUGCCUUUUUCCUGGACAAUUUGGCAUCUAAAAUAUCUAUCCGUGAGUACCUGAUCUUGGAAGAGUUGAACCACUUUUAAGACUGGUGAAUAAACAAAUAAUAUUGGACUUGAAAUUGAACUUAAUUGGGACUCGGAAUGGGAAGGUCUAAACAGGAAGUCGCCUUCCGUUCUUUUGUUAUGUGAAGAAAGCAAAGACAAAAUAUACUAAAGCUUGAAAAUUAAAUUCUAAGAGAACUAGAAUUCAACAUCUAAGAUUUCUGAACCCCCUUUGACUGCAGGAGAAGAAGGGGGUUGUAUUUGGACUUUUCAAUCCUGCGGAAGUGAGUUUAAAAUAAAGCAAUUUUCCACCGCCCUGAACCAGGAGCGGGCUGUCAGAAUUGACGUUCUGAAGUUUAUCCAGCUCGACAGUUAGUUAAAAGAAGGGUAACAUUUUGAUUCUACUGUUGCCUCUUGAAUUUGGAAGGGGGAAUUUUGGAUAAAGUGUUUCUGGAAAAAGAAAGAUUGUUGCUGUUGCUUUUAUUCCUUUAAAAAAAAAAAAUUUCCAUCUAGUGGAAUUUAGUGAAAUUGCAACGCAGAGAGAUUAAAAGAGAAGGACUAUUGGACUAUUGUCGUGGGAAAGAAUUUUCUUCGACCUUGAAGGACAAUGCUAGUACAAAGGCUUGAACAAUUGUUCCUGGAAGGUUUUUCAAAACUAAGUGCCCAGCUGGACCAGAUGCGUCAGGAGACGACCUUGAUGAUGGAAGUUACCAGAGCACAGCAGCAAACAAAUGAAAUUCAGUUAAAGGCUAUACAAGCAUAUGAACCUGCUGUAGUGACGGAGGCUUCAGAGAUGGAGGGACCUUUGGACGGGCAAGAUCAGCCUUUGAACUUGAUAAAUGAACUUGGGACAAACCAGAUUCGGAAAGAUGAAAUGUGGUCAGAUUUGGAAAUGGGGGAUGGAUCGACCUCCUCCAUAUGGUUAUUUGGACCUUCCGAGUCUAGUGAUGGGCUAUCAGAGGAUUGGAGUAGCCGAAGUCUCCAAGCUUUGUGGAAAUUUGAAGUGGUAUUAUUUGCUGUCUGGCUUGGGCAAUGGGUUUGGGAUGGACUUGCUGCAAAGGGUCAAAAGCAUUUUCUUGCUGGAGCAUCCACGACUGGAAAGGAAUCAUCAACAAGAGUGGCGAAAGGGGCAAGAAAGAGACUUGAGGGCCUCGGAUACGAGACAACCAGGUUAAGGAGCCGGAUUAUCGAGGUUGAAAGGACUGACAAUCCCGGGUCCAGGGGAGGGGAGGUUGGAAGCUGAUUGGACUGAAUUUGACUUAUUAUUUUUUCCUUUUUAUUUUUUAAUAUUGGGAAUGCUUACAAAUGUUUGAAGGAUGUUGAAUGAAAUUACAUGGCUUAAGUAAGGAUUGGUAAAUGAUUCGUAAAAAGGUAAUGAUGCAAGAAUUUGGUAAAUAUUGAAUAUAAGCUAUGAGUCUUAAAGUUUUUAUAUGACAAGAGGGAAAAUAGAAUAAGGAAACGUAAUGACAGAUUGUUAUGAAAAACAGAAAGGAUUUGCUGUAAAAAUUAAAAAUUAAGAAACAAAAGAGGGGAGGAGGAGGAAGUCUAGAAAGGAAGUCAAUAGAGAUUGUAAAGGACUUUAUAUUUUUGUUUUUCUGUUUCUCUUUUUUUUUCUUUGCGGCUGGGUUUUCUUUUCUUUUUUGUUUAUGUACUAUUUUUGUUUUUUGUAUCCUCAAAUUUUUUUGGAAAUUUUUGUUGUUAUUUUUUGAAAACUUAAUAAAUAUCAAUUAUAAAAAAAAAAAGAAUAUUGCCCUGCCACUUUCCUCACAAAAACCAGUGUUUUUACUUCUGAAUUGGAGCAAAUGGCAAUCAGCUUUUCCACAAACUGCUAUGUGCUCUGAUUCAGCAGUAAAACACAGGGUUUCCUGGGGAAAGUGGCAGGGCAAAAAAACAAAACCCCACACUCGGAGGACACAGACCUGGAAAUCCUGGAUCUGUGCCUAGAAAUGUAGCACAAAAGGAAGUCUGGCUGAGCCUAAGCCUCACCAGUUCUCUUGCUGAAGGUCUUACUAAUAUUGUGCACACCCAAGGGAAGAGGCUCCUCCUGGCAGACCCAAGCAUUGACCUUCCUUGCCCACCCCAAGGAGCUGGCCACUAAAAUCUGAGUUAAGGAAGCCGCCGGUUGUUGGGGUGUCUUUGGCAGUGGAAGCAGAGCAUUGUUGUCAUGAUGGCUAGUAGCCAUUGAUAGCCUUAUUCUCCACGAAUUUGUCAAAUCCUCUUUUAAAGCCAUCUAAGUUGGCGGCCAUCACUGCCUCCUGUGGAAGUGAGUUCCAUGUUUAACUUUCUUUUGUCUGUCCUAAAUCUCCCAACAUUCUGCUUCACUGGAUUUUCACGAAUUCUAGUUUAGUGUUAUGAGAAAAACUUUCCUCUAUCCACUUUUUCCACGGUAUUCAUUCAUAUAUACAUCAACCUGGAAGCCAAGAGCUCACUAAUGGAUGCAUUUUUAUUCACACUUGCCUGUAAUAAAUACACUGCUGAUCACAUUUUUGGUGGGAGAAUUGCAUUACAGAUUUUUGGGGUGUGCCGAUUUCCAAGGAUAGCUGCAUAUAGUUUUGCUUAUUGUUUGGAGAAGUGAAUAUUCAGUCAGGCCCACACUAAAAUUACAACCAAGGACAAACUUAUCCCAUCCCUCCCUUCUGGCCAAUCCUUUGGUAGCUAGAUAGGCAAAACCAUCACUCAUGUGGUUGGCUGAGCUCUCAUCCAUCACUGCAGAUUUUCUUGUGCCUCUGCAGAAUCACUAUCUAACCAUGGUUUGUACCUUGCAGGCUGACCUGACUGUUGAAGAAAGUGUGUCUGGCAUUAUGAAAGUGCUUUGCAACCUCUCUGAAAAGCAACACGGGGUGCUGGUGACUUGGGAAGGGAAUGUUUUGCCAUGGUGA